GUCCCGUGAAAUCAAAGAUUAGAUUAUUAUUCCCGGAAAGUCGUCAGAUCCACACUUAUUAUAAAUUGGCAGCAUCCCAUUCCAUUUCCUCAAACAAAAGGCAUCCAAGAAGUAGAAAGGAGGAGAUCAUGAUAGCAGUGUCGAUAAUGGCGGAGCUAUUGGGGGAGUAUUCGGUGGCGCUGGCCAGGGUCACGGAGAGGCUGCUGGCGCUGAGGCGGGCCGGCCUUUCUUUUAGGGGUUCCUCUGUUUCCAACUUCCGUUUCGCUUCAUCUCCGGUCUUGAAUCAUCCAGAGCAGUCUUCAUUCCUAGUUUACUUCUAGUUUCCAAUAUGAGAGAGGUUCUCUGUAUGUCAUUUUUUGGUCAAUUAAUUUGUCAUUCUUGUACAUUACUUUGAAAAUGUCAUGCAAUUUUCAGCUUUAGCAGAAACAAUUGUAUGGUGAUCGAUUACCGUUUAUAGUCGUAAGAAAACAGAGUUCAAUCCAAUGAAUUUUCUUAGAUUGGUUUAUUUUUUGCUUUACAAUUUUAGUUGAGACUUAAGGGGAUAGAUGGUUAGUG